AUGUCCACAACAGUCACAGACUCCUCUAGUAGUUCAGCUUCCUCAUUAGUCAGUAACUCCCAAAACAUCAUAUCUUCAUCAACAGUCACCAACUCUGCAAAUAGCACGGCAUCAUCAACAGUCACAGAUUCCUCUAGUAGUACAGCUUUCCCAUCAGUUAGUAAUUCCCAAAACAGCACAGCUUCAUCAUCAGUCACCAUUUCUUCCAAUAGCACAGCUUCACCAACAGUCACUAACUCCUUCAAUAGCACUGUGUCCACAACAGUCACAUACUCCUCCAGUAGUACAGCUUCAUCAUUAGUCAGUAACUCCCAAAACAGCACAGCUUCAACAUCAUUCACCAUUUCUUCCAAUAGCACAGCUUCACCAACAGUCACUAACUCCUUCAAUAGCACUGUGUCCACAACAGUUACAGACUUCUCUAUUAGUACAGCUUCACCACCAAUCAGUAACUCCCAAAACACCACAGCUUCCUCAUCAGUGACUAUUUCUUCCAAUAGCACGGCUUCACCAACAGUCACUAACUCCUCCAAUAGCACUGUUUCAACAAUAGUCACAGACUCCUCUAGUAGUACAGCUUCACCAUCAAUCAGUAACUCCCAAAACAGCACAGCUUCCUCAUCAGUGACCGUUUCUUCCAAUAGCACAGCUUCACCAACAGUCACUAACUCCUCCAAUAGCACUGUUUCAACAAUAGUCACAGACCUCUCUAGUAGUACAGGUUCAUCAUCAGCCAGUAGCUCCCAAAACAGCACAGCUUCAUCAACAGUCACUAACUCUUCCAAUAGCACUGCAUCAUCAACAGUCACAGACUCAUCUAGUAGUACAGCUUCACCAUCAAUCAGUAGCUCCCAAAACAGCACAGCUUCAUCAUCAGUCACCAUUUCUUCCAAUAGCACAGCUUCGCCAACAGUCACUAACUCCUUCAAUAGCACUGUGUCCACAACAGUCACAGACCCCUCUAGUAGUACAGCUUCACCAUCAAUCAGUAACUCCCAAAACAGCACGGCUUCCUCAACAGUGACCAUUUCUUCCAAUAUCACGGCUUCACCAACAGUCACUAACUCCUCCAAUAGCACUGUGUCCACAACAGUCACAGACUCCUCUAGUAGUUCAGCUUCCUCAUUAGUCAGUAACUCCCAAAACAUCAUAUCUUCAUCAACAGUCACCAACUCUGCAAAUAGCACGGCAUCAUCAACAGUCACAGAUUCCUCUAGUAGUACAGCUUUCCCAUCAUUUAGUAAUUCCCAAAACAGCACAGCUUCAUCAUCAGUCACCAUUUCUUCCAAUAGCACAGCUUCACCAACAGUCACUAACUCCUUCAAUAGCACUGUGUCCACAGCAGUCACAGACUUCUCUAGUAGUACAGCUUCACCACCAAUCAGUAACUCCGUAAACACCACAGCUUUCUCAUCAGUGACUAUUUCUUCCAAUAGCACGGCUUCAUCAACAGUCCCUAACUCCACCAAUAGCACUGUUUCAACAACAGUCACAUACUCCUCCAGUAGUACAGCUUCCUCAUUAGUCAGUAACUCCCAAAACAGCACAGCUUCAACAUCAGUCACCAUUUCUUCCAAUAGCACAGCUUCACCAACAGUCACUAACUCCUUCAAUAGCACUGUGUCCACAACAGUCACAGACCCUUCUAGUAGUACAGCUUCACCAUCAAUCAGUAACUCCCAAAACAGCACGGCUUCCUCAUCAGUGACCAUUUCUUCCAAUAGCACAGCUUCACCAACAGUCACUAACUCCUCCAAUAGCACUGUGUCCACAACAGUCACAGACUCCUCUAGUAGUACAGCUUCAGCACCAAUCAGUAACUCCGUAAACACCACAGCUUUCUCAUCAGUGACUAUUUCUUCCAAUAGCACGGCUUCAUCAACAGUCCCUAACUCCACCAAUAGCACUGUUUCAACAACAGUCACAUACUCCUCCAGUAGUACAGCUUCCUCAUUAGUCAGUAACUCCCAAAACAGCACAGCUUCAACAUCAGUCACCAUUUCUUCCAAUAGCACAGCUUCACCAACAGUCACUAACUCCUUCAAUAGCACUGUGUCCACAACAGUCACAGACCCCUCUAGUAGUACAGCUUCACCAUCAAUCAGUAACUCCCAAAACAGCACGGCUUCCUCAUCAGUGACCAUUUCUUCCAAUAGCACAGCUUCACCAACAGUCAAUAACUCCUCCAAUAGCACUGUGUCCACAACAGUCACAGACUCCUCUAGUAGUACAGCUUCCUCAUUAGUCAGUAACUCCUUCAAUAGCACAGCUUCACCAAUAGUCACUAACAACAGCACAGCUUUACUUACCAUCUCUUUUACCAGUGUAUCUUCAACACCAGCCACAGCUGCCGCCACCACAACCACCACGAGAAACAGUAUUCCUCUGGAAUUUAAAAUUAUAAAUAAAGAUUUUUCUGAUGAUUUGAAAAAUUCAAGUACUGAGGCAUACAAAAAGUUGAAGAAUGAAGUGGAAAAUGAGCUGGCUACAGUCUACAAGGCAAAUUUUCCUAAUUUCAAAAGUGUAGAUAUCAUAGAAUUUAGCAAUGGAUCAGUAGUUGUGAAAACAAACCUUCAGUUUGAAGCCAGUACCACUUUAGAACAAACAUCAGAUAACACAGUGCGUGCUCUACUAGCCAGCCUUACAAGUGAUGGUUCAGUUGGCUCACUCAAGCUUCAGAACACCAGCAUUAGAUCUGGCAAUGUAUCCAUAAAUAACUUGUCUCCACUCAAGGUAGAGGUCAAUUUUACAACUACCAAACUAUUUGAUCCGAAAGAACAGGACUCGCUGAAGAAUCAAACAAUAUAUUGGAUUGGCUCUAUCUUAUCAUCACGUCUUGAUGGUACCAAGGCAGCUGAGCCUAACAUUACUUUUAAAAAUAGUACUGGCUGGACUUCUGUUAUGUCAACAUUCAUGUUCAACACGACCAGACUACUAAAUGUUACCGAUACCCUCAACGAAAUCAUAAACAAUAGAACGAAUGUUAAUUUUACUAUCAUUCCAACCAGCCUUACUGUCGAAGGGCAAAAGUUAACAUUUGAUAUCGUAUACAUCACCUUUGGAAUUCUACAUGUACCUCUGAACUCUGACCUGGGUAUAUACAGCCCUGUGUUCCAGAAUCUUUCCAAAGCUAUCGAAGCCUCGUUCAAUUAUAUAUUUACCGGUAAAAGCAACCCGCUGGUAGAGGCAGUUGUACGCAAUUUGAGUCAAAGACCCAAUACUAUUGUCGAGGCAUCGGUGGAGCUCUAUUUUUCAGGCACAGCUAUGGAGAAGACCGCAAUUAUCAAAGAAAUACUAGCAAACAAAUCUAUAUUUAGUAAUAGGAGUAUCAUACUGGAUCCUUUAUCAUUAGAACCACAAGUGGGUAUUACUGUGAUGUUCACACUCAAGCAGGAUUACACUUCAGACCUCUCAAACAGCUCAUCAGAUGGCGCACUUACUCUAAGAAAUAAACUCCUAAACUUGCUAACACCACUCCUUGGACAAAGUUAUGGAGAACAUCUACUCCCCCCAGCAGUAAAUUUUACUAACAGCACAGGCUCAGCAGCCGCAAGAAUUGAGUAUAAACUCAACGCCUCAAUUCAAGUUGAAAAUUUGAAAAUAUUAAACUCACUUCUGCAGUACAAAGAUUUCCCUGACCUUAUACGUAAAGCAUCUCUGGACGUCAAUGGCAUGAAACCCAACCUAGAGGUAUUUACGUUAUCACCAAGAUUUACCAACAAAAAAUAUUCCACUGAUUUGGCUAACAGAAGCAGCCCAGCAUUCAAUGAGCUAGAACGGGUCAUUACAAACGCCUUUUCUACAGUCCUGAAAAGACAAAACCUGGACCAAGUGGUAAUAGCAUCAUUCAGGGACGGAUCGGUCAUCGCCGACACAGAGCUGACAUUUCCCACGCAGAUCACAACUUCAGAUGAGGUGGCUAAUGUAAUAGUAAGAAACACUGAUAUUCUGAGAUAUUCUGAUCUGGAGUUGGAUCCUGCGUCUCUCAAUAAACCACAAGAUAUACCUACAACCAGCACAUCCUUUCCAAGUUAUGGAGUGGCCAUUAUUGUCAUGGGUAUCAUAGCCAUUAUAGCUCUCAUCGUGGUGGUAUUGUUGGCUUUGAAAACAGAUUUGUGCAAGAAGCUUGCCAAGGCUUGUUCACUUAAGCCACCAGGCGAUUAUAGAGAAUUUACUAAGUCAAGUAUACCUGUUCGGGCAUACAAGACACAUGACUCAUAUGAACUUAAUUAAUCGCCUAUCAAGCUCCAUGGAAAUACAUUCAUAUUCUGCAGUCUUACCUUGUCAUGGUUGUAUUUUGUGUAGGUUAAGUCUAGCUUUAAAUUAUUUACAUUCCAUUCAUAUUUUUUUUUAGAUUCAACUAUAUGAAAACAGGCUGAUUUAUUACGUUAAGACAUGAAGGGAAAUCU